AUGUGGGUGAUGGAAUGGGUACUUCGCAAAGUAUAUGCUUGUCCGAAGGAUGAAAUAUUGUUCGUAUCUUCUGAAGACCAUUCUAAGCCUCUUUCAAAGAAGUGUUCGUGGAUGAACGCGUUGACUCUGUUCAAAAAACCUAUAGGUCCGAGAUACCCAGAUGGUUCAAUAAAUUGGCAAUGUCCCUGUAUGGCGGGAGGCUCGCUUGUCGCACAUAGAUGCGGUCACUACUUUCGUCGACUUUACGUUUGCAUGUCUGAAAACGAGGAGAAAGACGUUACAAUAAAGUGUCCGGAACAGUUCAUAGACUGGGCUUCCUGCAUGCAAAAUAUGAGUGACGAACGACGAAUGCAGAUGAGAGCUCAUUUGCUGGAGAAUGAUGAAAACGAAAAGUCUUAA